AAUGAAUGGAGUUUUUGGACCCAGGAAUAGGGCCAAAGUUGAUACCAAAGUAGAUGUCAAUAACCCUUACAAGCAGACUAUCAGCAUAAAGACCAAGACUUUUGAUGCUAAUGACAAAGUAGCCACCAAGAAAGCCAAUGCCAUGUUCCAAGGCAAUGUGAGAAGUAUCGGCAUGAAUUUUGAGAGGCAAAUUCUAAGAAGUGAAUAUUGGAAAAAGCGCUUGCUGCAUGAGCAAAUGAAUUUUGGUGUGAAUAUUCAGGCUAAAAGAAAGCAGGUUGAUGAAUUGCAUUUAAACUUGAGAAGCAAAAGCCAAUGGGAAUGUAACCUAGGAGUAAACUUAGCAAAAGCAGCAAAAUUCUCAUCAAAAAUAAAUUACAAAUCCCUAAAUUUUGAUAUCUUUGGCCAUCACUUGAAGACUAACUUCAUAAAAAUUCCCUCAACAAACUUCUCAAUCAAGGCAAAGAUUGACUUAACUUCGCCAGCAUAUCCAUAUUUACAGAAAUAUUGUAAAGAUACUGAUUCUGACUCAUCAAGCUCAUCUGGCUCUAAAAAGAAAGAAAAAAAUCCUAAAAUUCCUCAUUUAAUGUAUAAAGGCUUUGGAGUAUUCUUAGCAGAGAUAAGUCUUCAAUAUCAACUCAAAAAUUUGGUUGUCACAGGAAAGCUCAAAAAUAUCACUGGAAAGCUCCUUAUCAAGCCUGAUCUGUCAAACCUGAGUUUCAGCAUCUCAAAAACUUUUUCUUCCCAUCUUGACAAACAUGUGAAAGUAAAUGGAAAACUUGGGUAUAAAUCAGACAGACUGUCGACCUCUUUUAAACUUUGUUAUGGCAAUAAAUGGAUGCUUGAAAUGACCUACUCUGAGAAAAUAUUCAACAAGCUAAAAGCAAUGGAUUUACCAAAGUGAGGUCUGUUAAUGCACAUCAACGUAUAAUUUGCUGCAUUCGUUAUCAAGACAAUUUAGAAAUUUCAAUA